AUGUUGCGAUUGCUUUUCGCACUCACUAUCCCCACUCUCACCUAUGCAGCCGUUCAGUGUUAUGUUGGACAAAAACUAUUUAGUUAUGAAUCGAAUAAUGCGAUCUGCGCCCGAUUCAUCCCCUACCACUGUGCUGCUCAAUGUGAGUGGCGCAAAAACUGCUCUACUCACACCUCAUUCACGGCUUUUCACGGAAGACGAACAUUCGUUUCCGGGCUUUUGAUCAAUUCUAAGUCUUUGAUGGUUCUGUGCUGUGCUUCUCUGGCGACAAGACUUGAGACAGAUGAUAGUGGUCGUGAAAAAUGUGUAUGGAGGGACACAGAAUCAAUUGCCGUGCUGGGACCAUCGAUCCGUACAAACCCCGUGCUCGCUCCAAAUCAUUAUAUCAGAGAUGUCAAAAUGGAACGAGAUGGAGUUUCAAGAAUCGAUGUGACUUUGGAAGUAUGCCAAUAUCAAACCGAAAGGGAACACUGCACAGUCGACAAAAUGACCGAAAUUGAAAGGAAGAGAUUUAAUAUCCUACAGUUGAAACUGCAACACAGCGAAGCGAGUAAGCCCGUUGCACAAAAAACAGUAGAAACGGUGAAGACUACAAGUGAGGAUAAGAAUGCCGGUGACUGCGAAUCUCUCUCACACAGUGACUGUGGAAAGGAAAUUCAGUCGCACAUUCAAGCGUGUUGCAAAGACCAACCAAACUGCGACAACGAAUGCAUCAAUAACGUCGAAAAAACACUAGAUUUUCAUCUAAAGUGA